AUGGUUGUUCUAAUUUCUCGAGCUGAUGAUGAACAUGAUCCAUUAAUUUCACGAGAUUCAAUUACUGGUGAUGAUGAUGAAGAAGGAGGUACAAAUAGAAUUUUUACCUCAUCAAAACAAUUAUUAAUUGGAAUUUUUAUGACAAUGAUAAUAUUUUUUCUUCUUUUAACAACUGUCUUUUUUGGUGCAUUAUAUUAUAAAUCAUUAAAACCAGAUAAAUCUAAAUUUCCUACCUUUCCAGAACCAUCAUUAUCAUUUUUGGGAAAAUAUAAUAAGGCUGCCGUUGCUGCUGAUAAUGAAAUAUGUUCUGGUAUAGGAAGAGAUAUAUUAUUAAAAGGUGGAAAUGCUGUUGAUUCAGCAAUAGCAGCAUUAUUUUGUAUUGGUAUUAUGGAUACACACUCUGCUGGUAUUGGUGGUGGUCAUUUUUUUACCAUAUAUAAUGCAAAAGAAAAAAAAUGUCAUGUUAUUGAUAGUAGAGAGACAGCUCCCCUGACUGCAAAUGAAACAAUGUAUGAUAAUAGAUGGGAUCAAUCAAAAAAUGGUUGGUUAGCUGUAGCUGUACCAGGUGAAAUUCAUGGAAUGUAUACUGCAUAUAAAAAUUUUGGUUCAGGUAAAAUUUUAUGGAAAAAUUUAGUUGAUCCAACAAUUGAAUUAUUAAAAGAUGGAUUUCCAACAAGUCAUGCAUUAGCUAGAGCAUUACAAGAUAAUGAAGAUUGGAUAAAAAUGGAACCAACAAUGAGAGAUUUUAUCAAUCCAGAUACUGGUAAAAUUUUUAAAGUUGGUGAACAAAUAAAAACAAGAAAAAAUUUAUUAAAAACAUUUGAAAUGAUUGCAAAUGCCACAAAUCCAAUUGAAGUAUUUUAUAAUAGUUCAUUUACAGAUAAAUUAGUUGAAGAAUUUAAUGAAAAUGGUGGAAUUAUUACAAAAGAAGAUUUUGUUAAUUAUAAAUCAAUAAUUCGUUCAGAUUCUUCUGUUAUCUAUACAUCAUUAAAGAAUAAUAGAUAUAUUUGUGGUCCACCACCACCAUCUGGAUCAGCUGUAGCACAGGCUAUCUUAAAUAUUAUGGAUGGUUAUACAUUUGAUUCUAUAUCAACAUACAAUGAUUAUACCAAUUUAUUUCAUCAUUUUAUUGAAUCAAGUAAAUUUGCCUAUGCAGCAAGAUCAUCAUUAGGUGAUAUGGAUUAUCUAAAAAAUGCCAGUUUUAUUGCUAAAAAUAUAACAUCAAAAGAAUGGGCAAAAGAUGUUAGAAGAAGGAUAACUCAUACAACACAUGAAGAUAAAUAUUAUGGUGGAAAUUUUGAAAUUGUACCAGAAGAUCAUGGAACAACACAUAUAUCUAUAAUUGAUGUUGAUGGAAAUGCUGUAUCAGUAACAUCAACAAUAAAUUUAAUAUUAGGGGCAAAAGUUUCAUCACCAAGUUCUGGUAUUUUAUGGAAUUCAGAAAUGGAUGAUUUUAGUUUACCAAAUUAUCCAAAUUAUUUUAAAAUUCCACCUUCACCAUCAAAUUAUAUUAAAGGUGGUAAACGUCCAAUGUCUUCAAUGUCACCAAUUAUAAUAUUUAAUAAUGGUUCAUCUUCAAAAAAUUCUCAAUCAACAGAAAUUUUGGCUGUUGGUGGAGCAGGAGGAUCAACAAUAAUAUCUGGGGUAGCAAAUGUUGCAUUACAUACAAUGUGGAUAAAAAAUACCACUGUCAAGAUGGCAAUCGAUUUUCCCAGAAUACAUAAUCAAUUAAGACCAAAUGUAACAAUGAUUGAAAAUCGAAUGCCAAAAGAAUUUAUUGAAAAACUUGAAGAAAGAGGUCAUAAAUUUGAAAAAACAGAAAAUAUUACUGUAAUUACUGCAGUCAAAAGAGAAGUUGAUGGUAGUAUAACGGCAAAUAGUGAUUUUAGAAAAGGUAUUGAAAGUGAACCAGCUGGUUAUUAA